AGCUUAUCUGGCGUAGCAAAUGUGAUGGCGAGUUAAAUGUUAGAAGGCUCGGCCGCGAUAAAAACACCAUUAAAAACUGCGCCGCAGCAGCCGCCGCCGUCGCCGCCGCCGCCUAAAGUUUCUCGUCGUCACGGCGUUCAUCCUCGUCGGCGGGGAUUUAACCGUGUGUGUGUGUGAAGGGGGGAGGAAAAAAAAACCAGUCGCUUCGUUUCGUUCUUCAAGAACCCCCCCCCCCCUCCCCGGAGACCGUGGACCGCGACGUCGCUACCGGUUCGACGUGGGAGUGCCAUACCAUCCGUUGGACCCCACAGGCUUACACUACCGGUGUCCAUGAAUCAACACAGCCCUGAGCCAUUGGUGGAAAUUCCACCAUCCUAUGGUGGAGACGAGUCUGUCCAUAGGACUCCCACCGUUGACUUCCCCACAAACUGGAUGCCGUCCAAUAGUCGGGCGGGAAGCCUUCGAGAUCCGGAGGUGGCAGAGCUCUUCUUUAAGGAGGACCCUGAGAAGCUGUUCUGCGACCUCAAGGAGAUUGGCCAUGGCAGCUUUGGUGCAGUCUACUUUGCACGAAACAUCCACACCAGUGAGGUUGUGGCUAUUAAGAAAAUGUCCUACAGUGGAAAACAGUCUAAUGAGAAAUGGCAAGAUAUCAUUAAAGAAGUUAAGUUUUUGACGAAGUUGAAACAUCCCAACAUCAUUGAGUACAAGGGUUGUUACCUCCGUGAGCACACUGCUUGGAUGAUAAUGGAGUACUGUCUUGGAUCAGCAUCUGACCUACUUGAAGUGCAUAAGAAACCUCUGCAGGAGAUUGAAAUAGCUGCUAUUGCUCAUGGAGCUCUCCAGGGUCUGGCUUUCCUACACAACCACACUAUGAUCCACAGGGAUGUUAAGGCGGGAAACAUCCUCCUUACAGAACCCGGCCAGGUCAAGUUGGCAGACUUUGGCUCUGCCUCCCUCACUGCACCCGCCAACUCCUUCGUGGGAACGCCUUACUGGAUGGCUCCAGAGGUGAUUCUCGCCAUGGAUGAAGGCCAGUACGACGGCAAGGUGGAUGUGUGGUCUCUGGGCAUCACGUGUAUAGAGCUGGCCGAGAGGAAGCCCCCACUGUUCAACAUGAACGCAAUGAGUGCCUUGUAUCACAUAGCGCAGAAUGACUCUCCCACACUGCAGUCGCCCGAGUGGUCGGACUACUUUAGGAACUUCGUUGACUCCUGUUUGCAGAAGAAUGGACAGGAUCGACCCACUUCUGCCGGCCUUUUGCGACACGCUUUUGUGAUGCGAGACCGGCCCGAGUCUGUACUCAUCGAGAUGAUCCAGCGCACCAAGGAUGCGGUGCGCGAACUGGACAACCUGCAGUACCGAAAAAUGAAGAAGCUGCUCUUCCAGGAGACUCAGAAUGGUCCGUCUGCAGAGCCACAAGAGGACGAUGAGGAGGUGGAUCCGUACCUUCACCGUUCGGGCACGGUGAGCAGCGUGAGCAGCACGCAGUCCAUCCCCAGCACGUCGGUGAGCGCUGGCAGCCAGGGCAGCAGUGUGGCCAGCAUGCCGGAGGCCCCCGACCCCGAGGGCCACCUGCACAUGAUGUACGAUGACUGCACUGUGAUGUCCAGCAACUCCGUCAUUCACGUGACGCCGGAGCAGUACUGCCUGCUGGAGGAGCGACUCCGAAGGGGCUCGGACCCAGACACGUCACGCACCCCUCCGCUACCACCGCACCGCGCUAGCCAACAUCACCGCCACCACAACCACAACCACUUCCAGACCAUUCGCACAGCCUCUGUGGUGACGCGGCAGAUGCACGAGCACGAGCAGGAGAGCGAGCUGCGCGAGCAGAUGUCGGGCUACAAGCGCAUGCGGCGACAGCACCAGAAGCAGCUGAUGGCGCUGGAGAACAAACUGAAGGCGGAAAUGGAUGAGCACCGACUACGCCUUGACAAGGAGCUGGAGACGCACACCAAUGGAGCCGCCAGCGACAUGGAGAAGCUGCUCAAGAAGCACCAGGCCCUGCUCGACAAGGAGGUGAAGGCUGCAGGUGCAGAGGAAAAGAAGUUCCAGCAGCACAUCUUGUCCCAGCAGAAGAAAGAACUCAACAGCUUCCUGGAGGCACAGAAGAGGGAAUACAACAUGCGAAAGGAGCAACUCAAGAGGGAGUUGAACGAGAAUCAAAGCACGCCCAAGAAAGAGAAGCAGGAGUGGCUGUCCCGGCAGAAGGAGACGAUUCAGCACUUCCAGGCGGAGGAGGAGGCGACCAUGCUGCGCAGCCAGCGUCACUACCUGGAGCUCGAGUGCCGGCGCUUCAAGCGGCGCAUGCUGCUGGAGAGGCACAACCUCGAGCAGGGUCUGCUCCGAGAGGAGCUGAACAAGAAGCAGAUGCAGAAGGACUCGGAGCAUGCGAUGCUGCUACGGCACCACGAGGCCACCCAGGAUCUGGAGUUCCGUCACCUGAACACGGUGCAGCGCAUGCGCAGCGAGCUGAUCCGCCUGCAGCACCAGACGGAGCUCGCCAACCAGAUGGAGUAUAACAAGGGGCGUGAGCGCGAGCUGCGGCGCAAGCACGUCAUGGAGAUCCGCCAGCAGCCCAAGUGUCUCAGGGUAAAAGAAAUCCAGAUCAAAAAGCAGUUCCAGGACACGUGCAAGGUGCAGACACGGCAGUACAAGGCUCUGCGCAACCAUCUGCUGGAGACCACGCCCAAGGGCGAUCAUAAAGCCGUGCUCAAGCGCCUCAAGGACGAGCAGACGCGCAAACUCGCCAUCUUGGCAGAGCAGUACGAGCACACCAUCAACGAGAUGAUGUCCACACAGGCGCUCCGCCUGGACGAGGCACAGGAGGGCGAGUGCCAGGCCCUGAAGGUGCAGCUGCAGCAGGAGCUGGAGCUGCUCAACGCCUACCAGAGCAAGAUCAAGAUGCGCACAGAUGCGCAGCAUGAGCGGGAGCGCAAAGAGCUGGAGCAGAAGGUGUCCCUGCGCCGCGCGCUGCUUGAGCAGAAGAUUGAAGAGGAGAUGGUAGCUCUUCAGACAGAGCGUUCAGACAAGAUCCGCUCCCUCCUGGAGCGCCAGGCUCGCGAGAUCGAGCUCUUCGACUCGGAGAGCGUGCGCCUGGGCUUCAGUAACCUGGUGCUCUCCAACUUGCCAGCCGAAGCUUUCAGCCACAGUUACCCGGGAGCCCAGGGGUACUCGGGAUCCCAGUCGGGCUAUGGGGGGGCUGGUGGCGGCUGCGGUGGCAGUGGGGGCAGCCGUGCGGGCAAUCCUGGCAUGAGAAACAGCCCCCAGCCCAUGCGGCGCACGGCCUCCGCAUCCGGAGGACAGGGCGACCGUGGCAUGAGUCGCAGUUCCAGCGCCUCUUCUCAUUUCUCCAAUGGAUCCUACUACAAUUAGCACGGGUGGCGCUCCCCCCCCCCCCCCCCCCCCCGGGUUGUGUGCUUGCAUUCUGCCCGUGGCUCCCGCUCUGUCCCCUCCUUCCCUCCCUCCACGUCACAUCGCCACUGAGCCAGACCCACAGGAGAGGAGGCGG